CACAGUUGAAAUCAUAAUCAAAUAUGGCUAUGCAAACCUCUCCUCUGCAAUUCCUCCUGCUCCUUUUCACCUUUCUAGCUCAGACAGAAAGAAUAACGGACAGGAGCAAUGGAGAUGUCGCAGAUGAUUUUUACCACCUUUACAAGGAAGACGUAAAGAUAAUGAAGGAAAUGAAUACAGACGCUUUCAGACUCUCCAUUUCGUGGUCAAGAAUACUACCCCGUGGAAAAAUAAGCGGGGGAGUGAACAAGGAAGGAACAAAUUUUUACAACAACCUCAUCGACGAGCUGCUGUCAAAUGGUUUGCAACCCUUUGUGACUAUCUUUCAUUGGGACCUUCCUCAGGCCUUAGAAGAUGAGUAUGGUGGCUUUUUAAGCCAUCGCAUCGUGGAUGAUUUUCGACACUUUGCAAAACUCUGCUUCAAAGAAUUUGGUGAUCGCGUGAAGCAUUGGAUCACUCUAAAUGAGCCAUUGACUUUCACUAGUACUGGUUAUGACACGGGCAUAUAUGCACCAGGCCGGUGUUCCAAAUGGGUAAAUGCAGCAUGUCAGGCGGGAAACUCCGCCACCGAACCUUACAUUGUUGGCCACCAUCUGCUACUUUCUCAUGCCGCAGCCGUCAAACUAUACAAGCAAAAAUACCAAGUUAUUCAAAAGGGCAAGAUUGGUAUUACACUGGUGACACCCUGGAUAGUACCUUACUCCAAAAAGAAACCUCAUAUUGAGGCAGCAUAUAGAGCCCUUGACUUCAUGUUUGGAUGGUAUAUGGACCCAAUUAUCUAUGGCGAUUAUCCAUUCAGUAUGAGAAAUAUUGUGAGACAAAGACUCCCAAAGUUCACCAAGAAGCAAUCAGAUAUGGUGAAAGGAUCUUUUGAUUUUAUCGGUAUAAAUUAUUACACUGCAGAUUAUGCAGCUAACAUUCCUGUUGCCAAUACCGUCAACAUUAGCUACUCAACAGAUUCUCUUGCUACUUUGACCACCAGUCGCAAUGGCAUUCUAAUCGGUUCACAGGCGGCUACAAGUUGGCUUCAUGUCUAUCCUAGGGGUUUACGAGAUCUUCUAUUAUACGUGAAAGAAAAAUACAACAAUCCUCUUGUUUACAUAACUGAAAAUGGGAUUGAUGAAUUCAAUAAUGCAACCUUAUCGCUAGAGCAGGCAUUGAAGGAUCCCAUGAGGAUAGAUUAUUACCACCGCCAUCUUUUGUUCCUUGAAAGAGCCAUUAAGGAGGGUGUAAAUGUGAAGGGAUACUUUGCAUGGUCACUGUUAGACGACUUUGAAUGGUCCUCUGGUUAUACUGUGAGGUUCGGCAUCAACUUCGUCGACUAUAAAAAUGGCAACAAAAGAUACCCUAAACAGUCGGCUAUUUGGUUCAAGAAUUUCCUGCAGAAAUUGGAGUAGCCGGCUACCUAUUCUGAGUAUCAUAUGUAAUAAUGAAAUCAUUCUGUUAUAAUUUUAGUUAAACCACAGCUUAUCUAAUCACUAGCCUUGUCGUUGUAUUGUUCUCAUGCAUUUGUGUUUUCAUGUUUCUCAUCAAUAAAUCUCAUGUAUGGGCGUUGCCUUCCUAUUUCUUAUUAAUAAAGUUUCCCUUGUGCCA